CUCCGUGUCUCCAACAUGGCGGCGCCGUUACCCGGCAGGUGCGGCUUCUUCGUGGAGAAGAAGAAGCGAUUCUGUAAAAUGAUAGUCGGAAAAGGGAAACGCUUCUGCGGAGAGCACGCGACCAUGGAACAGUUUUGGCCCCCAGCGGACCCCGUCCUCAAAGCGGGGCAGAGCGCGUGCAGAGAGGAUGGUGGUGGCAGCAGGAGGAUUGUCUGUCCUCUGGACCCCAAACACACCGUGACCGAAGACAAACUGGACAAACACCUGAAGAAGUGCAACUCCAGGCAGAGACCCCGACCCGUCUACUUUGUGGAGAACAUCAACUCCAGAGCAGCUGAGGGAGAGCAGGCUCCUCCACAGCUCAGUCUGUGUGAGCGCAGCAGGUCAGAGUUGGAAUCUCUGGUGGCCAAACUGAAGACAGCGGUUGAAGGGCUGCAGUUUGACGUGGACGACGGCGUCCUAUCACACGCCGUCCUGCAGGAGCAGCUGAGCGACCCGAAGAACGGAGACUCCGCCCACAAACACCUGAGGCAGCAGUCCUCCAUCCUGGGCCACCUGGAGCAGCUGGGGCUGCUGGGAAGGGGGCGGUGCUUCGUGGAGUUCGGAGCGGGUCGUGGAAAACUGUCCCACUGGAUCCACGAGGCCCUGAAGGCUGACGGGGGUCAGGGGGCGGAGGAGGAGCUGCAGAUCCUGCUGGUGGACGGGAAACACCAGGACGGCAGCGUGCGCUUUGAGAGGCUGCAGGUGGACAUCCAGCACCUGGAUCUGAGUAAGCAGCGGACAGCCGGCCUGCCAGAUGUGCGUCUCCAGGCUAACAGCUGGCUGAACUUUUCCAGGUCGGGUUCCCCUGCGGCAGCGCGGCGUGCUCCCAUUGGUCGGCGUGGGGAAACACCUGUGUGGAGCCGCCACAGACCUGGUUCUGCUCUGUCCUCAGACCUGGUUCUGUUCUCUCAGACCUGGUUCUGUUCUCUCAGACCUGGUUCUGCUCUCUCAGACCUGGUUCCACUCUGUCCUCAGACCUGGUUCUGUUCUGUCCUCAGACCUGGUUCUUCUCUCUCAGACCUGGUUCCUCUUUGUCCUCAGACCUUGUUCUUCUCUCUCAGACCUGGUUCUGCUCUCUCAGACCUGGUUCCUCUCUGUCCUCAGACCUGGUUCUGCUCCCUCAGACCUGGUUCUUCUCUCUCAGACCUGGUUCUGCUCUCUCAGACCUGGUUCCUCUCUGUCCUCAGACCUGGUUCUGUUCUGUCCUCAGACCUGGCUCUGCGCUGCCUGUUGGACACACCUGGACUGGAGCCGGAAGCCGAGCCGCCCCACAAGCGCCUGAGGCCCUCAGAACCGGGCCAGCCCCGCCCUGCUGAGGGUCCGGACCCCGGUGCUGGGCCGGUUCUGGGCCUGGUGGUGGCGCUGUGCUGCCACCACCGCUGUGAGUGGCAGCACUACGUGGGCCGGCCCUUCUUCCAGCAGAGGGGGCUGGGCGCCGCCGAGUUCCACGCCUUCUGCCGCAUGUCCAGCUGGGCCACCUGCGGGCUCAGACCCACCAAUCAGGACGCCCCAUCCCAGGAGCCGGCCAAUCAGAGACCAGAUGAUGAGGACCAUGAACCCGUGGAGGAGACGGACACUGUAAACAGCUUCCUGUCGGCGGCUGAGCGGCAGCAGGUGGGGCGUCUCUGCAAACGGCUGAUCGACGGCGGCCGGUGCCACUUCCUGAGCAGCCGGGGGUUCAGCAGCAGCCUGAGGCGCUACGUGGGUCCGGAGGUGACUCUGGAGAACGUCCUGCUGACCGCCGUGCCGGUUCCGGGUCCGCCUCCUAAGGCGGACCAGAGCUUGUAA